AUGGAGUGGAAUUUGAUGAAUGCUGAUGGUAUUCGUAACCUCCGAUCCGGUCUGGGUUCCAAGCUGGGUGAAGACUACAUAAUUGCAGAGGAAUGUGAAGAUACUCUUAAAGAAAUCAUAUUUAAACUGCAGAUUGAAGAUUCCCUCAAAAGAGAUUUCCGUCGUCAGAAAAAUAUUCUGUAUAUGAUCCAUUCGGAUAUCAUUCCCAUCUUGAACAGCACAGAACUGACAGAGGAAAUCUUUGCUUUAACCCUCAAAUUGCUUUCCAACUUAACACAGUCUCUAGACUGCCUGUUCCCUUCCAGUUUCCAGCGUAAUUCAAUGAACUCUGAAAUCAUGGACAGCAUUGUCAAACUUUUACAAACAAUCAAACUCCUUUUUUGCCAGCAAGAAAACUUGGACAGAUUAUUCUAUCUUGUCAAGCCCAUUAUUCGCAAGGGAGAAGACAAAGAAAUAAUCAAUCAGUUUCUUCUACUUGUUCGCAACCUCCUAUAUAUUCAAGUAUGGGACAGAUUGAUGGGCCCUGCAGAAAUUCAAUGUAAAUUUAUCAAAAAUAUGUUUGAGUGCGAAUUGGAUGAAAUUUUAUUAUCAUUGCUUACACAUCCAUCAAGGAUUUGCUGGGGAGUAAUCAUUGUUCAGACUUUGUCAUUGCUAUACACUGAUCAGUCUGUUUUGGCUGGCCUGAACCUUCCAGAAAGUAAAUUGUCAGAAGACAUAAUCUUCAAUGCUGAGAAUUGUGAAGUAAUUUCUGUAAUGAUGGAAGCUGAUAGAAACAUUGCCAGCCGUGCACCAGUCCGGGACCACAUUCGGUCACAGUUAGUGGUCAUUUUGAAGUCUUUUAACUCUCGAUUCUUGAUGUCAGGAUUCAGUGGACUGGUUUCUGACUUGAAGGAUAUUCUUAUUUCUAAGGAUUGCAACCUUGAUGGAUCCUACUUCAUGUGGCUGGUCAUGUUCUUCUUGAGAAUUUCCCGAGUUUUGGAAAUGGAUUUUGCUUAUAUCAAAGAUGUCAUAUCUGUUGACGUUGUUGGUUUCUUAGUGCUGCAUUUUACUAUUGCUUCUAUUAAGGAACUCUUGAAGACUCUAGAGACAUAUGACAACCACCUAUACCAUUCUGUUACAUCUGAAGAUCGGAAAGCAAUCAAAGAACUGAAAAAGACACUGAUCAACAUGACAGACAUGCGUCAGUUGUUUUUAUUUUUAAUUCGGAAUAGCCAGAAUCAGAGACUUUCUUUUGUACGUGAUGUUAUUGUUACAAAUCAUACAUUUCUCUUGUUGCUUGACCGAUGGAUCCGCGAAGACAAAGAUGCAUCAGCGAACUUUGAGAUGAUUCAACAUAUAAACCAAUUUGCCAGCAUUUCUGUUAUGCAGCAGUAUGCACGUCUCUUGGAAAACUUUGAUAAUAACAGUACUGCAGUAAAUGACAAUCUUUGUGAUGAGAGCAAGUUCAUCUCAAAUGAGGCUGGUGACUUAAUGGAGUAUGUCAUACACAAGUUCAUGACGACUGCAGCGGAAGAUCCUGGCCUUUGUGCAAAGUACUUAUUCAGUAUGGAAAUGAAAAAUCUUAACAUUGAUAUGAAUGACGAGGACCAUAUUAAUGAUGCAAAUUCUGAUAUGUCAGUUUGCUCAAAUUCAGAGUUUUCAUCAGUCAUCCACCAUGCCACCUCUUCAAGCUCAUCUUAUUUUAAGGAUGAAACUGAAGAAGUCGAUGAAAAUAUCAUGACACAGAUGCUGGAGAAACACCUUGAAUGCUUAAGUGAUGAAAGCAUUAUCAAUUUCUGUGUGCAGAAAUUACAUGAAGAUGGAUUGGAUUACCAGCUUCUUUGGCUACAAACUUUCCUUCUUGAAACUUGCUUCAUCCGAUAUGUUGGUAUGACAUCAGAAAAAUGCCAAGUUGAAGAGCCUGUACCUUUAUAUUUUUCAUUACAGAACAAAGAUAUUCCACUCAUUCCAUACAAUGACCGUCAGGAGGAAGCUCUCAAUGAUAAAUUCUUCUGUUUACUUCUCAAAUAUCUUGGAUUUAAAUCGGGCAAUGAUAGCAGUACCAUAUUCCCAAGAAUUCCCAAACAUCUCACAGCAGAACAACUUCUGUCCAAAGCUCGGGAAAUGGGAAAUAUUAAAUGUGCUAAUAUGGCAGAAAGCAAAUGUCCUGAAAGUCUACGCUAUCAACAGAUGCAGAUGAAACGUGUCUAUGGUCUGCACAGUAAACUGGUAGAUGUGUUAGAAAAUGGAGAUGCCUCUUCAAAAAGAUGGAUUCAUCGAAUGCUGUCAUUAAACAUAAUGGACAUAUUUGAGAAAACAGACAAUGAAAGAAAAAAUAUUACAGAAGUAAAAGCAGAAAAUACUUUGUCCAAUUUGUCCACAUUCCAAAAGAAUGUAGAAUUUGCUGACAUAACAGAGAAGAAAGUAAUUUCCAUCAUGGUAGACCGAGCACAGUCACAGUUGCCAUACUGGCUGACUCAAGGCCAACAAGGAAUGGUUGGUUUCUGA